AUGUUCUCGCUCUUCUGGGGGCUGUGGAACUAUUUAUUCUCCAAGGCGGAGCUGCAUCUGCUGAUCGUGGGGCUGGACGACGCGGGAAAAACGGUAGGUAAGUUGCGGUGGACGCUGCUGGAGCAGCUUAAAGGCAUCUUCGGCAAGAAGCCAGGCAUCCCGUUGGACAAGAUCCCGCCCACUGUGGGGCUCAACAUCGCUCGAGUUGAUAUCAAGCGGUCCAGGGUCAUUUUCUGGGAUCUCGGAGGACAGGAGCGUCUGCGAGCUAUCUGGAACAAAUACUACAGCGAGAGCCAUGGCAUCGUGUUCGUGAUCGACUCGGCCAAUGAAGGACGGUUCCAGGAAGCCAAGGCGACAUUGCACGCUAUGCUGUCGAACUCGGAGCUGUCAGGAGUGCCGUUGCUCGUGCUGGCCAACAAGAUGGACUUGGAGAAUGCGCGGACGGUGAACCACAUUUCUGGAAUGCUAGAUUUAGAGAGCCACCAAGGCGCAGUGGCUAGCUACCCGAUCUGUGCACUGACAAGGGAGGGCAUUGAAGGAGCGAUGAACUGGCUGGUGGACGCUGUAAAGUCAAGCGACAGAUAUUACGAGAAGACUGCCGCUGGCACAACGUGA